AUGGAGAAACGUAAAGCGUCCGGACUGCUGGCCUGGCCGCACCCCCUGAGCACCGUGCCCCUGGGCACGCCUGGGUCUCUCCCCCGACUCCCUCUGACCGACCCCUUCAGGGUCUCCCUGCGCAUGGACGCCGCGUGCUGGGAGCCGGCGCGCGCGGGCGGCGCACGGAGAGGGCCAUACCUGCCCCUGCCGCUGGAUGGCGCCUUGGAGCCCGGCUUCCUCCGCAAGCGCAACGAGCGCGAGCGGCAGCGGGUGCGCUGCGUGAACGAGGGGUACGCGCGCCUCCGGGACCACCUGCCGCGUCAGCUGACGGACAAGCGCCUCAGCAAAGUGGAGACGCUGCGCGCCGCCAUCGGCUACAUCAAGCACCUGCAGGAGCUGCUGGAGCGCCACGCCCGGGGGCAGGAGGGCCCGGCCGGCGCCGUCCCCCAGCGCAGGACUGAAUGCAACAGCGACGGCGAGUCCAAGGCCUCCUCGGCGCCUUCGCCCUGCAGCGAGCCUGAGGACAGGGGCAGCUAG